UAUCGAGCCUUGAGCCCGCGAGCCAAGGUAGUCGUCGGACUCAUUGCCCUCGUGUAUGCUGCAUUCACCCUCGUCAUCAUCCGUCUUGGUCCUCAUGGCUUGCUCGAGUGGCUGGCUCAAUUCUCGACCUUCUUUGCUCAGUCGUCCCUCGGACCUCUCAUCCUCAUUCUUCUCCUCAUUCUUCUAUCCUUCCCGCCCACGAUCGGCUACGGCACCGUCAUCACUCUGUGCGGCCUGUCCUUUGGCUCCCCACUCGCUGCGCCGGGCAACUCGCUAGGCUAUGCAUGGUUCAUUGCAGCAUCAGGAUGCCUCCUAGGCUCAGUCACUGCCUUCCUCGUAUGUCGCAUAGCCCUCGACACGCAUGGCGCCGACUGGAGCUGGGUACGCAAAGUGCGCCAGGGCAAAGAGUGGAAGGCGAUGGAGAAGGCAGUCGAGCGUAAAGGCUGGAAGAUGAUUCUCCUCAUCAGGCUUUGCCCCUUCCCUUUCGUCUACUCGAACCUCUUCUUCGCCAGUCUACGGCCAGAGGUCAUCCCUAUGCCCUUCUUCGUCCUGGCCACACUCGCAACCACUCCCAAACUCUUUCUACACGUCUUCAUUGGAGCGCAGACGUUCGAAGCGAUUCAAGCAGGUCGAGAUGGGGGUGAGGCAGCCACCCACACGAGCGGCUGGUUCCGACUCUUCUACGUCGUGGGAGCUUCUGCGCUUGGGGCUGCGACGAGCUGGUACAUCUACCAUGAGACCAAGAAG